UUUCGACUAGCCCUGCAAAUGAAGGAGCUUUGUAAACAAAAAGAUGGAUAUAUAUAUGAGCUACAACCGAAGAGAACCAACUCGGAUAUUAGGUGCCAAUUACGAAAGCAGGAAAUUGGCGAGAGGGGACCAGACGAUGGAAUUGGAAAGGUACUCAUGCUCGUUGGGGCUACAGGAGCAGGAAAGAGUACCCUCAUCAAUGGAAUGGUGAACUAUGCAUUCGGCGUGCAGUGGGAAGACAAAUUUCGCCUUAAAUUGAUUGUGGACGAAGAAAAUGAAAGCCAAGCUUACAGUCAGACAAAGUGGGUCUCAGCGUACGUCUUGCACAAGCAGCAGGGAAUGGCGUUUCCUUACACUUUGACUCUGGUUGAUACCCCAGGAUUUGGAGACACUGAGGGGAUAAAAAGAGAUGACGAAUUGAAGAUUCAAAUUAAAGAGUUCUUCUCAAAUGGCGGAUAUUUUGGAGUCGACCAACUUGAUGGAGUGGGCUUUGUUGUUCCUUCUUCCCAAGCAAGACUAACUCCCGCACAAGAUCAAGAGCCCAGAGUCCUAAGUGCCAUCAGAGAAGGAAAUAUGCCUAUAAAACAGUUGUUCAAGUUUAACAACUCCGCUCUCUUUCCUGAACCACACAAAGAUGACAUAAACCCAGAAUUUGAGAAACUAUCCUGGAAAAUGGGAAUGAAGAACUUUUCUAACUUCUUCAAAGUGUUGAAAAACACCCAACCCGCAAGCUUAACGCUCUCGAAGGAAGUUUUGCAAGAGAGGGGACGAUUGGAGGGGAUGCUUCAGAAUAUCCAAUCACAGUUGGACAGAACUUUGGAACAGGUGGAGCUUCUGAGGAAAGGGCACGCAGCAGUGACUCAACACGGUGAGAAAUGGUUGGGACUCAGAAAAAAAGACAUGGAGGUAGGUCGGAACUUGGAAGAAGAAGAUUCAAAUGCAAGUCCCAACUCAUCUGAUGACGACGAAUCGGAUUAUGAAAACGCUGCCUCUACAAUCCCGUUAGGAGUUAGUUCAUAUCCACGUGACAUGAUGACCCCCAAUGAUGAUCACCUUUUGACCGUGUUGUCUAAAGGUUACAAGCGAGAGAUGCUCAAAUUUCAAGAGCUGAUCAAGGAAGCACACAAAUGCAUGCAAAGAAUUGAUGAAAUAGCCCUCCAACCCAGUCCUAUCGGGAUCACUAGUUACAUUGAAAUGCUAAUAUGCAAGGAGCAGAAUGAAAAAAAGCCCGGGUCUUCCCAGAGGGUCAAGUAUCUUGAAGAGGCGCGUAAAAAAGCGGAGGUUGCCAAGGCCGUCCUGGAAGACUAUGAUCCGAAUGACAUGCAUGAUAUUACUGCGUUCAAAAUGGAUGAGCCAAGUGAAGGUGAACCUCAAAAGAAACCCCUACGGAAACUUGUCAGAAGGCUCAAGAAAUUAUUUUUUAGCGAUAAAAUGUAG